AUGAAAGCGUUGAAUCGGCCCCUCAAUACUCCGAAAGGUGAACAGGAACAGUUUGUUUCACUGUGGUAUCGACAUGGCAAACCAUGCAUGGGACGGGCCUGGAACAGCAACGGCAAGAUCGAUGCCUCCUUCGUUGAUGCUGGUCAUGAGUUCACCGGACAUCUUGUUGGCUCUAUGCAAAUGCUCGUGGAGCUGCCAGCUACAGCUGUUGGUUUCGAAUACUGCUGGCUACCUUACAAAGAGGCUUCAGUCUAUAUGGACAAAGAUUUUGCACCCGUUCAUAUGAGUUACGUUGCGCCUUGCGUGAUUCAGUUGGAUCCUUACGAGAUACUAGGAUCAGUGAAUCUCAAACACGAGCGUGCAGAAGUCGCAAUUGACGGCCGCGUGAUGACCCUCGAAGGUCCGAAAAUAAGAGAGCUAAUGGUGCAUCUUAGCAAUUCUCGAUGUUCAUCUUGUUCUGGUAGAACUUUUGAAGCUUUGCGAGCACUAUCACCUAAUGCAUAA